CGUGAUGAGCUGCAACAGGGUGAGGAGGCUGGGAAGGAGGAUGACAGCAUGCUGAAGGCUGCGAGAAAGGUGACGCUGGAACCAGGAAUAUGUUGAGUCCCAAGAUAAGGCAGGCCAGGAGAGCCCGGUCGAAGAGCUUGGUGAUGGGCGAGCAGACCGGGCUGCCCUCCAGGCCAUCGUCCCCUAGCCUGCAGGAUCGAGUGCUGAAGUCUGGCUGGCUGAAGAAGCAGAGGAGCAUCAUGAAGAACUGGCAGCAACGGUGGUUUGUGCUGCGUGGAGACCAGCUCUUCUACUAUAAGGAUGAGGAGGAAACCAAGCCACAGGGUUUCAUUCCACUGCAAGGCAAUCAGGUGAGCGAGCUGACCCCUCAGCCUGAGGAACCAGGGAAACACCUCUUUGAAAUUGCCGCAGGUGGUGCGGGAGACCGAGAAAAGAUGCCUGUCAAUCAUGAAGCCUUCCUGCUCAUGGCUAAUUCCCAGAAUGAGAUGGAAGAUUGGGUGAAAGCCAUCCGGCGGGUCAUAUGGGCUCCCUUUGGUGGAGGUAUUGCACAUAGCUCACAUGCACGUAAAUUAAAACUGUUGCCUCAAGGGAUCUUUGGGCAGCGAUUGGAAGAUACGGUGCAGUACGAGCGGAAGUAUGGCCUGCGUCUGGCCCCACUGCUGGUGGAGCAAUGUGUGGAUUUUAUCCGGGAGCGAGGCCUCACCGAAGAAGGGCUCUUUCGCAUGCCUGGUCAAGCCAACCUUGUCAAGGACCUGCAGGAUUCAUUUGAUUGUGGAGAAAAGCCUCUCUUUGACAGCAACACAGAUGUUCACACCGUGGCGUCCCUCCUGAAGCUUUAUCUCCGAGAGCUGCCAGAGCCCGUCAUCCCCUUUGCCAAAUAUGAAGACUUCCUGUCAUGUGGACAGCUGCUUUCCAAGGACAAGGGAGAGGGCACCCGAGAGCUGGCUAAACAGGUGAAGACCCUGCCCCAGGCAAACUACAACCUCCUCAAAUACAUAUGCAAAUUCCUUGAUGAGGUUCAGUCUCACUCCAGCGUGAACAAGAUGAGCGUCCAGAACCUCGCCACGGUGUUCGGCCCAAAUAUACUGCGACCCAAAAUGGAAGAUCCAGUCACCAUUAUGGAAGGAACCUCGCUGGUCCAGCACUUGAUGACGGUGUUGAUAAGUGAACAUGGACAGAUCUUUGCCAUUUCGCAGGCCGAUGCGGCUGGGGUUCAGCCCGAAGCCCGCUCCGUGCUGCAGCGCAGCAUGGUGGAGUGGAUCUCUGAGGAAGACGGAGAGGAGAGCAGGUCAGAGAAGAGUGCCCCCAGCCCUGCUGACUUGCCUUCCAGCAGUGCCAUGGCGCCGGACGCCACGCCCAGCUCGCUGGCGAAAAACGCUCCUCAGGAGCAUGGCAGCAAAGCCACCCAGCCUGCCACCAGCCCCAGCAAGAGGGUGCAGACAUUACCCACCUGGAAGUACUCCUUCCGGCAACAGGGGGCAAGGUCUGUCAGCCCCAAGCUGGGUAGCUCAUCCUUGGACAUUCCUAAUCUAUCCUCCAGCGGGAACUGGCUGAUGAAUGGACUGUACUCUCUCCGAGGCCACCGCCGGACGUCCUCUGGGGAGCGGGUGAAAGACUCGGGUUCAUCCCAAAGACUCUCCACCUACGACAAUGUCCCCUCCUCCAACCUCUCCCUGAGUGCACACAGCAUCGCCAGCACCGCCUGGUCCACCUCAUCCUGUGAGAUCUCUGUCGUUGAUUCUGUCAGCAGCUGCCCAGCCUGCCGGGCCAGUGACUCCUCUGCUUUAAGCUCCCUCAAAACGGAAUGGGCCACUCAGGGCUCGCUGUCGCAGAGCGAGGUCAAGACUGUGGACCUGGAGAACAGCAUGGAGAGGUUCGAAAUGUGCAUCAGCAGCUGCAGCGAGCAGAGUGACCUGAUGGCUGCUUCCAAAGACUCAGCCAAAUGCUCCAGGGCGCUGCAGAGCCUGGUUUCAGAGCUAAAGACAGGACUGAGCAAACAGAGGACUGAGUAUGAGUCUAGUAUCAAAAGAAUUGAAGAAACAAGCGCUGAACUGAGAAAACGAGUGACAAGGUUAGAAGAGGAGUUGGACCAGGAGCGAAAGAAAUACACAAUGCUGGAGAUCAAACUGAGGAAUUCGGAGCGUGCACGUGAAGAUGCUGAAAAGAGAAACCAGCUCCUGCAGACAGAAAUGGAAGAGUUUUUUUCGACAUUAGGAAAUUUGACUGUUGCAAGCCGGGGAGCUAAAGUGCCGAAGUAAAAGAAGCAGGAGUACACCAUCUUUUAAUUCCAGCACAGGUCAUUUUGUUCUGGGUUACUCAUGCAUCAUGAGUAAUUUGGCAGAGAGUCCCUGCUCUUAAGGAUUUUUGCUAUGUUGGUUUGUUUACAGAUGCUCUAGUAUUCAGGCUAUCAGGGAAACUGACUGCUAAAGGCAAUGCUUGAAACGGUAGACCCUAGAUUGCAAAUGGCUGGGCCUCUCUUUCCUAAUGUCAAAGGGACAACUCUGUCACUGCCUUUGGCUUUACUGUGCCACAGACAACAGCAAUGCUCCCACCACUGCUGCCAUGGCCUAAGCGAGCUGCAGGCAGGCUGGAGCAGAAGGAGCAUGCCAGUUCCUGUGGAGGAGACAACACUGCUAACAUGGCAGCGGGUUUAGCUCAUGUGAUGAAUCAAGUUGAACUUAGCGGGUUUUCCAUCCUUCAUGAAAUUUAUUUAAAAAUCUGCUUGGUGAAAGUUCUUAUUCCUGUACUUGGUAUUAUUUUAUGAAGGUGUUUUGCAAAACUAGCCGACAAGCACUUGAAGGCAUUUGAAAGGCUGACACUUCAUUAGUCACCCAAUUUCUAAUCCCCCCCAACUCUGCUGUGCCGAAACUAUGACUCUAAAUAUUAUUUGCACCAAAUGUGACUUGAUAAAAUAUGUGAUUAAUAAAUACCUUGGAGGGGCAACCCCCCUGGAGCCUGAACUAAACACAUCUGGCCACAAGCAUCCUCUGCAGCCAGGCUUUUCUCUCUCCUUCGUUCUGAAAUAAUGACUUUACCAAUAAUUGCAGCAAUGGAGCUCAACGUGGGGAGAUGAGAGAGAGAGAGAGAGAGAGAGAGACUUCUAACCUCCUUGCUGCUCUGUUUUAAAUUAAUAAGCCCCUGUUAGUUAAAGGCCACAGCUUGGAAACUACCAGCGCAGUUACAGCAGUAGAACAGUUUUGAAUGUAGGCCUAAAGGUACCUGACUGACACACUGAUACCUGAAGGCUUCUAUUCUCUCAAGGGCUCUAAUGCGAGAGAGAGAUUCUGUUCCUCGCCGAUUUAUCCCAAUUCUUGUCUGGGGAACCCUACUCUCAGAGCUAGAGGUGACGAAUCCAUUCAGUCCUGGGGGUGUCGGUGGCUCUCAACAAGGAGGUUUUUAAUCAGACACACACCCCUCUGCUAAGACAUGGAGAAAGGUCACUAGCACCAGCUUUCAACCAAUACUGAGGGGGGCUCAACUGCCCCCGCAGUGCAACACUGUGUGGCCUGACCCCAGAGCCAUGUGCAGCCUGCACGGUGGCACUGACUUCACCUGCUGUGUCAUGAGCUCCCCUUGGCUGGGGGCAACCAGCACCAUUCCUCACCCCGUUCUGCCCCACAGUUUCAGUAGCCCGUGUAGGAGGCUAAAAGGAGGGGGUCAGCACCACUAGCCCCCACGGGCUGGGUGAGCUGGCCCUAGGGGUGCGUUGGGCUAGAGUUCCAGUGCUGGGGCUGCUGUAGGAUUUUCAGAGCUGCCCAGGGUGUAUCACACUCUUGAGUUUCCUCUCCCUACCAGGCUGUUCCAAGUCUUGAUGGAUUACACUGAGCUGCCCCUGUGCCAUCCCAGCCUUCCCCCCGGAACUAGCAGAGGCCUGCUUUUCUCCAUUAGCUAAGCCAUGCUGCUUUGUUUCCUUUGGGCUCGUGUGCACCUACUGCACAUCCAUCCCAUCAUUCCCCUUUCUUCCCACAGUGACAAACGUGGCAAAUGAGCUAAGCAAAGUGAAACCCAUUUCUCUGCAAAACACUCAAACCUUGCUAGGCUCUGGCAGGAGGGCAGGUUGUGUUACCAUGGUGGGUACUUUAAAACAGUGACUCUCAACCUUUCCAGACUAGUAGUCGGAUUUGUCUUGUGUACCCCCAAGUUUCACCUCAUUUAAAAACUACCUGCUUACAAAAUCAGACCUACAAAUACAAGUGUCACAGCACUUUGUUACUGAAAAAAU